UUCAUUUCUUAAUCACAACAACUUCAUUUCCAUCAUCAUUUUCUCAACUUGUUCUAUAAUUCUGUGAAAUAUAUGGCUGUGGUUGCUUCUGCUCCAGGGAAGGUCUUGAUGACUGGUGGUUAUUUGGUACUAGAGAGGCCCAAUCCAGGAAUUGUUCUUAGCACAAACGCUCGGUUUUACGCCAUUCUUAAUCCGCUUCAUGAUGAUGAAUCUGCUACUUUGACAGCAGAGUGGAUGGAUGUGAUGGUAAAUUCUCCUCAGAUGUCAAGAGAAACUACAUAUAGAAUGUCACUAAAAGAUUUUUCACUUCACUGUUCAAGUGAAUCAAGAAACCCCUUUGUUGAGUAUGCAGUCCAGUAUUCCAUAGCAGCAGCAUAUGCUACUCUAGACAAUAAUAAGAGGAACCAAUUGCACAAAUUACUGUCACAAGGUAUGGAUAUUACAAUCUUAGGUUGCAAUGACUUCUACUCAUACCGGAAUCAGAUUGAAGCAUGUAAGCUCCCUUUAAGCCCGGAAUCAUUGGCUACUCUUCCACCAUUCGCAUCAAUUACUUUCAACUCAGGAGAGUCGAAUGCAGAAAAUUGCAAACCCGAAGUUGCAAAAACUGGAUUAGGGUCAUCUGCGGCUAUGACAACUGCUGUAGUAGCUGCUUUACUAAGUUAUCUUGGGGUGGUUGAUCUUCCGCGUACCAGUAUAAUAGGUCAUAGAAGUGAGUCCAGUUCGGAUCUUGAUAUGGUUCAUAUGAUAGCUCAAACUGCUCAUUGCAUUGCUCAAGGGAAAGUUGGCAGUGGGUUUGAUGUUAGUUCUGCUGUCUAUGGAAGUCAUCGUUAUGUCCGCUUUUCUCCAAAUAUCAUCUCUUCAGCUCAGGAAGCUGUCUCUACCAGACCAUUAGAUGAAGUCAUUGGUGAAGUCUUGAAAGGCAAGUGGGAUCAUGAAAGGACAAAAUUCUCCUUGCCUCCGUUAAUGAACCUGAUCUUAGGAGAACCAGGAUGUGGAGGAUCAUCUUCACCAUCGAUGGUUGGUGCUGUCAAGAAAUGGCAAAAAUCUGACCCGGAAAAGGCCAAGGAUACGUGGAACAAGUUGUCUGAGGCGAAUUCAGCACUUGAGUCACAUUUUAAUUUGUUAAGCAAAUUGGCUGCAGAUAACUGGGAUUCAUACAAAACUGUCAUCAACUGCUGCAGCAUUUAUAAAUCAGAAAAGUGGAUAGGACAGUUUACUGAAGCUAGUCAUCUAGAAAUUGUUAAGGCGUUACUGGAAACUAGAGAUGUUAUGCUUACCAUCAGAUGCCACAUGAGGCAGAUGGGCGAGUCUGCCGGCAUCCCGAUAGAACCUGAAUCACAAACUCGGCUCCUGGAUGUGACCAUGGACACAGAAGGUAUCUUGUUGGCUGGAGUUCCCGGUGCAGGUGGAUUUGAUGCUAUGUUUGCUAUUACUUUAAGUGACUCUAAUAACAAUCUAACAAAAGCAUGGAGUUCCCACAAUGUUUUGGUUUUACUAGUGAGGGAAGAUCCCCGUGGUGUGUCGUUAGAGAGUCAUGAUCCCCGUGCCAAGUAAUUUUCUCAAGUUAUGGCAUGGCAUGUUCAGAGAUUACUUUAGACGGGUUUUUUCAUUGAAUUGUUAUAGCUUCCACAUCGAAAGAAAGUCUGUUAGCAUGAUCGAGUCCAAGUGGCCCUUUACAAGUGUUUGCGAUUUAUUUUUAGUCUUUAGAUUUUUUUAAUGGUGAUUUAUCUAAUGUUAUUUACCAAAUUGAAGAUAAAACAUCUUUCGGAAGUUCCACAAAUUGAAGAUUUUUUGUUUGGGAUAA